GAGAGAGGGCAGUGUAGUCCAGUGCUGGCGCUUGUGGUAACUUCGGCUUUUCUUUUGGUAUUUGUCUCGUGGCUUGGUGUUUUUUUUGCACCUUGAAAACAAGUGUUUUUCGUGAAAAUCCCUCAAAACCCGCAUCCUUAUACAGUGAUUAGAUGUAUAUCUAAGUGCAAGUGUCUGUGUACACGUGUAAAAGCAGACUGUAAAUUUCAAUCUCAAGAUGAGUAAGACGUGUGCCCGUUGUGAGAAAACGGUCUACCCGAUCGAGGAGCUCAAAUGCCUUGACAAGACUUGGCAUAAACAAUGUUUCAAGUGUCAAGGAUGUGGAAUGACCCUGAAUAUGCGCACUUACAAAGGUUUCAACAAACAACCAUACUGCGAAGCGCAUAUACCAAAAGCAAAAGCGACGACAAUGGCGGAGACUCCAGAGUUGAAACGUAUCGCUGAAAACACAAAAAUUCAAAGUAAUGUAAAAUAUCAUGCGGAGUUUGAGAAAGCAAAGGGCAAGUUCACCCAGGUAGCAGACGACCCAGAAACAUUGAGAAUUAAACAGAACAGCAAGAUAAUAUCGAACGUUGCCUAUCAUGGUGAACUCCAGAAAAAGGCAAUUAUGGAACAAAAAAGGACUAUGACUGGUGAAAAUGGUGAACAAAUCGAAUAUGUAGAAUAUCCAGAUGGUACAAUUACGCCAACACCGAAUGUAAACGCAAAUCCAGUACCACCUCCAACAGCUCAUUCGCCUGUUCAAAGGGCACCUGGCAGAAUUGCUGAUUAUGAUCCUCUUAGUGAAGCUAGACCAAGUCCAUAUUCGGCUAGACAAGCUGCUACAACUGUCAUUUAUACAAGUGACAAAGGUCCAGUGACGAAUCCACCGGUUAGAAAAAUUGGAUCCGUUGCUGAUAUUGAUCCAGUAAAUGAAUAUUAUGGUUCUUUGACGCCUGCCAUGAACAACAAUCACGUAACUCAACAUCAACCACCUCCUCCACCUCCAACCUCAGGGCGUGUUUAUCGAGCGAUGUACGAUUACGAGGCACAGGACGUUGACGAGGUGAGCUUUUGCGAUGGCGAUUUGAUCAUUAAUUGUACAGCAAUUGACGAAGGAUGGAUGACUGGAGUUGUGCAACGUACAGGUCAUCACGGAAUGUUGCCAGCAAAUUAUGUUGAACCAGCGCAAAUCUGAGAUUUUCACGAUCUUCCACAUUUGAAGUAUGCGCUACUUCGCCUUCCAACUUAGUAACAAAACUUUUUUAACUAGAGUAUAAGACGCGCAGGGUCGAGGUCUGCAUUAACAAAAUGAAAAUAAAAAUGAAGAAGAUUAUAAUACCUUCUCAUUUCUACGCUCAUCAAUCGCAAUGCUUUCAAGUAUGAACGUGGAAAUAGUGAACGUCAAAAGGACAAUACUCUAGAAGAUCAACAAAAUAUUUUCUAUCUUAUUAUUCUUAACGUUCAAAUAAAUUUUAUUCAUUUUAUUCAUUAGAAAUUUUAGAGAAAAAAAAGAAUGUAAAAUUUCUUUAAAAUAUAAAAAUUUGUCUUUGAAUUUAUUUAUUUGACAUUUUUUUAUUUCUUGUUUAAAGAAAAGAAUUUUCUUUAUUUGAACGUUGAGAUUUUGAAAUCUAUUUUUUUUCUGAUCGUUCUUCCAAACUUGAUGGAAUAUAUUUUAUGCAAAGUAUUUUUUUCAAUCUGCUGGGACAUUUAUCCAUAUAUAUAUAGAGAGAGAUUUCUCAAAGUUUUUUUGAGAAUUACUGGAGUUUAUAAAACAAGAAUAUAUAUAUAUUUUUUUUUAUAAAUAUUUUUUUGUGCAUUUAAUCAAGCAUAUA